CGCUUCCCCGCGCGUGCGCGCGCGCUCCCAUGCCCGCCCUUCCGCUUCCCGCCCGUCCCGGCGCCGCUGCCGCUCCGUGUCGCUGAGGGAAGGACGCCCGCGGGGCUCGCCGGCCGGCCGCCAGGAUGUCGUAUAUGCUGCCGCAUUUGCACAAUGGGUGGCAGGUGGACCAGGCCAUCCUGUCGGAGGAAGACCGAGUGGUGGUGAUCCGCUUCGGGCACGACUGGGACCCCACGUGCAUGAAGAUGGAUGAGGUCCUGUACAGCAUCGCCGAGAAGGUUAAAAACUUUGCUGUUAUUUAUCUUGUGGACAUCACUGAAGUACCAGACUUCAAUAAGAUGUAUGAGUUGUACGAUCCCUGUACUGUCAUGUUUUUCUUCAGGAACAAACACAUCAUGAUUGAUUUAGGUACAGGUAAUAACAACAAGAUCAAUUGGGCAAUGGAAGAUAAGCAGGAGAUGAUUGACAUUAUAGAAACUGUUUACAGAGGAGCCCGCAAAGGUCGAGGUUUGGUGGUAUCACCGAAAGAUUAUUCCACUAAAUACAGAUAUUGAUGUUACUUUGGGCUGCCUUUUUUCAUAAUCCUAUGUCCACUUAAAUUUAUUUCUGCGUAUGUGUGUACAUAUAUGUAUAUUAAAAGAAAGAAAACUUUGAAUUUUGACCAUAAUUUGAAUUAUUUAAAAGAUGUGAAUUCUGUUUGAGAAGUAGAAGACUCAAAGCCUGGAACUGUCUUGACCGCAGUAAUAUUGGGGUUUUCUUUUUUAAUGACUUUCUUCUUUGUUGUCCCUUUGGUGUUAGGUAUUUUUGUAAACAAAAAGCCUGUUUUCAGAAAAACAUUUCAACUGGUUUUGUUUGCUUUUAUUACACAAAUAUCUAGGAAAACUAUACUAUAGUUUUUUUAAAUAAUAAAGUGAGUUCCACUUA